GGGCUUUUCAGGCUGCGCACACGAACACAACCAGGAAGUGCUCCAGAUUUUAUUCGCCAGUGAAACACAGACAAAAACACUGAGCAAUACAAGUGUCUCCCUGGGUGACCUGCAAGCAUCAUGGCGUUUGUUCUGACCAGGUUGCUGAUUUUGGUGGCAUUUGUCGUGAUAUCUCACGAAGAAAUCGUCAAAAUAGGACCGAAUAUAGAAUACGAGAAUUGUGGUCCACCAUUCAAGCUGACCCUGUCUCCUAACCCACCCAAACUCAGACAGGCACUGAACAUCACCCUCGAAAUUGUGGCUGCGUAUGACUUAAUCGCUGGGGUUAUCGAAGCUUACUUCAACGUUUGGCCGUAUUACUACAAAGAUGCUUACUGCGCUGACGGCAAGACCAUUGAUCCUAAAGGCUGCUAUAUCAGCAAGGGAGAAAAGAGAAUCAUUUCCGGGACAAUUUGGGUGGAUGACAAUUUCAAGGAGACAAAUUACGUGGCGAAUGGAACCCUUCGUAACGAGGACGGUAACAUGUUGCUCUGUGUUCGGGGCAAGGCAAGGUUGUAAGAUGUUACAAGCUUCAUGACGUCAUGACGUCGUCAUUUUCAGCUUCAUAAAUAUAAAGAUGAAUCGGAAUCAGAGGCACAGCCAAAGAAGCAAAGUCUGUGUUAUGGAGUGCCCACACAAUCAUUGACAAAAGUACAUAUUUUUAUGGACAAAAGAAGUCCUCGCAAAAUUCCAGCGGUUGAUCUAACUGAUAAAAUACCAGUUCUGUAUAUAAAAGGAUGCUACCCUCAAUAUGACCAAAGUCAGUAACAAUCAAUUAUUAAUGAUGAUGAUGAUGAUUAUGAUGAUGAGCCGGUGAUUUUUACUUAACAUACAACAGCUUCACCGUAGCAUUCAUAUUUUGACAGAACUUUGAAUGACUGUACGACUAGCCACGAAAUAUAAUGUAGUCAUUGUUUAUUGUCUUAAAACAUUUCAUAUUUCCUGAAAUAUCGAAAUCUCUACUUCCAAUCUAGGCCUUUAUUGAAAUUGGAAUUAAACUGUAUAUAUAUAUAUAUAAAGGAUUAAAAAAAACAUGAUAUUUCGAUAGCUUCGCUUUUACUCUAGAUUUGUCGAUAUGACAAGGAAAUGUCAUUAUUUCAAAAACAAACCUAAUUGUACUCAGAAUAUAGUGAUCAUGUUGAUUAUCAUUAGCGCGCGAUGGAAUAGACGAAAAAAAUCCACAUGAUUAUUAGAAAACUUUGUUUUCUAUUUUCUUUACAAGACUCUCUUGAAAUUAUUGCGAUAUUUAUUUUGCAAAGCACAUGCAAAAGUACAAAUUAAUGCCAAACAUACCAUUUCAUGACUAAAAUACAAUGAAUUGUAAGACGGAGAAAAUCGUGAGUAUGUUUAAGGGCCCAUAGAUGAAUUUUUCUUGGAAUACAUUAAUUUGUGCAACUUUCUACUCCUCUUAAAUGUAUGAAAACUA